AUGGCUAGCGACAGCGAUCAUCCUGAGACGUCCUCUUUUGAAAAUGAGAGCGCUCUUCCUCCAGGCACUUUUCGCUUGAUUCGAGAAGAUGGAUUGGAUCUCCAUGGGCAGCGGGCCAUUCUACUUGAGCCUAUUCCUACCAAUGAUCCUAAUGAGCCCUUAAACUGGAGCACUAUGCGCAAGGGUCUGAAUUUCACCAUUCUACUGGGCAUGACCAUCAUUGUUUUCACAGCACUUUCAAUUCAGACCAUCUUUUGGCAACAAAUGGUCGUUGAUCUUGACGUCAGCUAUUCCGAGCUCAACCAAGCCAUGUCUGUGAACUACGUGGGACUUGCAAUGGGCUGCGUAUUUUUUAUUCCACUUGCGAAGAAGUUUGGCCGGCGUCCGAUUUAUAUCGCAUCAACGGCCCUUAUGCUUGCUACCUCAUUUUGGACCGCCCGGCUUGAUAGCUUAGCGGAGUUGUACGUGGCCAAUCUGUUGCAGGGCCUAGCUGGAGCUACGAACGAAGCAAUCUCUGAGAUUACUAUUUCCGAUCUAUUCUUCGUCCAUCAUCGUGGUAGUGCGAAUGGUCUCUAUAUGACUAUGGUCAUGAUCGGCAGCUUCCUGACGCCCAUGGCAGCGGGUACCCAAGCAACCGCACAAGGCUGGAGAUGGUCAUAUCAAACCCUCGGCAUUUUCAACACUGUCUUCUUCCUCAUUUUCUUGUUCCUAUAUGAAGAGACUAAAUAUACUCCUGUCAUAAAUGGCCAAAUGAGUACGGGAGGAGAAGAGAAUGAUAGUGUUCCUUCUACUAUGGAUCCAGACCACAAGUCCGCCCGGGCAGACACUAAAACCGCAAUAUCAGCAGAACCAAGCAAUUUCCACCAUGAGAUCGACCUCAGCAUUCCUCUAAACUCCUGGCGCAAGCGCCUCGCCCUGGUCACACCGACCCCAGAAUCAAUUUGGCCAUAUUACUACCGCCCAUUCUACGUGCUCUUCACGUUCCCAGCUGUAUUAUUCGCGGCCCUGCAAUAUGCUGCCGGUGUUGUCUGGCUCACCAUAACGGCCAGUGUUCUUUCUCUCGUCUUUCCACUUCCUCCGUACAAUUUUACCCCUGAGCAGAUCGGAUUCAUGAGCACGGGCCCGUUCAUUGGCAAUGCUAUCGGCGCACUGUACGGUGGAUUCCUGGGUGAUCGGUCCAUCCUAUUCUUUGCACGUCGGAACAAAGGCUUCUAUGAGCCCGAGAUGCGUCUAUACAUCUUGCACCUCCCGGCUCUUGCUAUGGCGGGGGGGCUCAUUAUGUUUGGCGUUACCAUUUCUAGGGGAAUGCAUUGGAUUUAUCCCAGCGUCGGAGGCGCUCUUUUUGGAUUCGGCCUCGGCAGUAUCGGUGAUGCGUCCUUGACCCUGGUCAUCGACAGUUAUCGUGAUAUUACUGGCGAUGCUUUCACCGGCGUGGCGUUCCUUCGGAAUGCCAUCAGCAUAGGCAUUCCAUUUGCGAUCACUCCUUGGAUGAAUAGAGAUGGCCUUCAAAAUAUGUUCAUUGCUUGUGGCUUUAUAAGCUUCGGUGUGUCACUUUUGAUUAUCCCUAUGGUGUUUUGGGGAAAGAAAGCGCGGCGCGGCUUGGCUGCUCGAUAUCACCGACUAGUGGAGCAGCAGGGUCAUUCCCACUAA